UGUCAAGAACAACAGUACCGUUACGACCACUGAGUAGUACAGAUAUUAUAAAAAGCUAAAAUGAAUGUAUUCAUGGGUGAUCGUUUUUUUUGUGCGUCGUGUCCGGAGUUUGCCUCACCAUGUGAUACGUCAGGUAGCUGAGCUUUUUUACAAGCUGGCGAGUAUUUACAGCUACAAGCUAUUAGAAGUCUUGGAUAUGCUGGAUGAAAUAACUACGCUUCACAGGACUCCGAUUGCCGUGUGUUUUGGAGGACAUCUACAAAACAACGGAAGGGAUACACGACGUCCGCGUGGACCGUCACAUCAAAGCGAAAAUAUCGUUCAGGGAAUACAACGCUCCUGAUUUAUACACAGGGAAUGUAGAGGGUGUGAUAUGGGCGUAACACAAGGAUUACAGACGGACUGACUUGUUCUGGUGUCACCGCCCAUAUGUCAUGUGUCCUAGUGAAUGAGUAAUCAUGUACUGUCAAGACAAGGGAUCAGCAACGUCUAAGGGUAAAGAGGGUGGUACGGUGACAAUGAGAGACAAAAAAAAUGGUGCACUCAGCAGGGUACAGAAAUUGAAAAAACGCCUUAGCCAUAGUUUUGGUAGAUUGUCAAUAUCAAAAGAAGAGGCUGACGAUGUAGCCAAUAGAGGGCCGCUUCCGUACAAUGGAUUUUCGGAAGAAUUUUUGGAUCGUUUGGAGCGAAAUGGUAACGUUUCUGGUGACAAAGACCGUCGUUACGCAAAAUCAAUUACUUCAUCGUCUAUAUCACAUGUCUCAGAAUGGUCAGGGGUUGGUGAUCAUGACAGAGUUCACCGGCAGCUAUCAGUGUCCAGUGAUUCUAAGCUUCUAGAUGAGGAUAUACGAGAAGAAGCACGAGUUAUUUUAAGACCACGUCGACCACCUCGACCAAAGUCUGAAGUUUUUCUCGGUCCUGAUCCAGGACCUCGUCGAACCAAAAGAUUUUCAGCAUUCGGAGGUGACUCGCCUUUUGGUAAAUCUGAGGGAUACAUAAAACUAGAACAGUUGGGUGAGGGUUCAUACGCGACUGUAUUUAAAGGGUACAGCCAUCUCGCAGAGCAGGUUGUCGCGUUAAAGGAAAUAAGACUACAGGAGGAAGAAGGCGCUCCAUUUACUGCCAUUCGGGAGGCGAGUUUAUUAAAAGAGCUUAAGCACAGUAAUAUAGUUACGCUACAUGAUAUCAUUCAUACCCGAGAAACCCUCACCUUUGUAUUCGAGUACGUUCACACUGAUCUCUCUCAGUAUAUGGCCAAGUACGGCAGCGGUGGCUUGGAUCCGCGAAACGUCAGACUCUUUCUCUUCCAGCUUUUACGUGGACUGGCUUAUUGUCACCGCAGAAAAGUGUUACAUCGUGACGUAAAACCUCAGAAUCUUUUAAUUAGUGAAUUAGGAGAAUUAAAACUCGCGGAUUUUGGAUUAGCGAGAGCAAAGUCUGUUCCAUCCCAUACAUAUUCGCACGAAGUGGUGACAUUGUGGUACAGGCCACCGGAUGUACUUUUAGGCUCAACGGAAUAUUCAACUUCAUUAGAUAUGUGGGGCGUGGGAUGUAUAUUUGUCGAGAUGCUCACAGGUGUACCGACAUUUCCGGGUGUGCGAUGUACCUAUGAUCAACUUGAUAAAAUAUUUAAAAUAUUGGGAACGCCGACAGAAGAAACAUGGCCAGGAGUUACGCGACUACCCGGCUAUAAACCUCAUCGACUAGCAUUUUAUCCAAUUCGUAAACUCGGUCUAUCUUUUCCGAAACUUUACGAUGUCGCUCAAGGGGAUAUUAUGGCAUCCUCACUAUUACAACUUAAUCCAGACGAACGAAUAGACGCUGAAGAAGCACUUAGACAUCCGUACUUCACUUCUUUACCUAGAAAAUUAUACGAAUUGCCGGAUGAGGUAUCGAUAUUCUCCGUAGAGGGAAUUUAUCUUCAUACAGAAACCGGAGAUACGUACAUGGACUCACGUCAUACGGCACUCAAAACUUGAGGCCGAGGAUAGAUUACUACAACAAUAUAAUUAUUAACUCUAAUAAGAGAAAAAAAGUGCUAAAAUAAUAAACCAACCGAAUUGAAAUUUAAAAAAAAAUAACAAAUUAUUAAUUUAAUUAAUAUCUCGACAAUUAAUUAUUUACUUUUAAUUAUAUCUGAUCUAAUUAAAUAGCAAUCGAGAUUAUCUUCACUAUUUCUUCUCUUUGAAUUAUUAUUAUUAUUAUAAUUAUUAUUUUCCAUUAAUACAUUAUCAAUUAGUUGAUUAAUAAAAUGUAAUCUAAAUGAGCAAGAGGAAAUAUUACGUUAAGAUUAAUAUGAGAAAAAAAUAUAAAAUUAGUCGGAGUGAAAUGUAUGAUACAUUUGAAUGUUAUAUAUAUAAAUAUAUAUAAUAUACACGUUGUAGAAAGCAAGAGCACGCACAACCCAUCCUCGCACUUCGUCCAAGUACUAGCUAUUAGACUGAAUAAAUCAAAAAAUUUUAAAAAAAUAAAUAAAUAAAAUGUUUUGAAUAAACGACUAAAAAAAAUAUCCAUUACAAUCCCGUGUAAAAGAAAUUCGUUGCAAAAAGAGUCCAGAAAAGUUCGACAUGUGGAACUAGAACGAGACAGAUUAGAACUUCUAGUGGAAAUUUUUUAAUUUUGAUAGUAAAAAGAAAAGUUUAUGUAGGAUUUUAUACGAGCGAAUUUUAAGUAAAAAAAGAAAGUUUUUGAAAUUUAUAUUUCUUGGAAGGUAUCACCCGUGUAAAAAAAAUUUAUUCAAAAAAUGUUGAUAGGGAACUUUAAAAAUUGAGAAGAUUCUGAACUUUAAGUUGGAUAUUUUUUAAACUUUUAAAAAAUUACAGUGAAGAAUUUUCGACUGGUGUAGGAUUUUUCUAAGCGUUUUUUUUUAUUUUUUAGCAACAAUAAUUUGAGUUUUCAAUUUGUUGGGUUUAAAGAUUAAAAAAAAAAGGAAUUAAUUAGGAGUUAUGAAUAUUUAUGACUCACUAGAAUUAUUUAGGUAUGAGGAAAAAAAAAUAAGAUGAUUUGAAAAUUUUUUGACUUUAAUAGAACUUUUUGAGACUGUUAGUUUUUUUUUACUUUUAGAUUCGGGUACUUCAUUUGUACCAAAAAAAAAUCUACCAUUUGAAAAGUCUCCUAAUUAAGAACUUUAUCAUUUUCAAAUUACUGUCAUACUAAAUCUCUACCAUUUAAAAUCUCUACAUUAAAAGAACUAUCUACUUCUAAUACGGUAGUAUUUUGUGUGGUAGAGUUUUAUUAUGAUAGAGAAUUUUUGGUAGACUUUUUAAAUGGUAGAUUUUCUUUUGGUACAAAUGAAGCUAUGCCUCGAUCCAAAAUUGUCCAAAAAAUGAGUUAUUGCCAUGAGUGUGAAUGUGCAGACAUCAGACAAAUUUAAAAUUAUAAAUAAUUAAAAAAAUCAAAUUUAAAAAAAAUGCACUUAUUAAUUUUUAAAUUUUUUGAAUGUGAAUUUUUUAAAAUUUAAUUUUAUUAAUUAUUUACUAUAUUUAUUAUUAAUUUUAAAUUUGUCUGAUGUCUGCUACAUUCACACGUGAUUGCCACUAAUUGUGAACUUCUCAUAAAAUUAUGAACUCAGAAAAUAGUCAAUUCAAUUCAUUUCUUAAAAAACAAAAAAAACCUGUAAUAAAAGUCUACACUACUCAAAAAUUUUCCACACUUCUAAUCAUUUUAAAUUUCCAAAGUUCAACUCAAAGUUCAAAAUUAUCUAAAUUUUACAAGUUUUUUAACCAAAUUUUUUCUACACUCAAAAACGUUCUUUUGACUAAAAAUUCCCUUAUAAAAUUCUAGACAAAUUUUUUUUUACCACAAAAAUUCCAAAAGUUCCUCUAAAAAUUCUCAUUCAUCUAAAAUUUAUUUUCCACAUCUAACUUUUUCAUGAUACUGAAUUUAGCCGACGUCUAAUAAUUUUUGGAUUUUUUUUCAAGAUAAAUUAUGAAAAAAAAAAUAUUUAAAAAUAUUGCACUUGUAGCCUUUUAAAUUUUCUACCUGUGCAUAUUUUUGGUUUUUUUUUUCUUCAAAUUUAAUUGCUCAAAAAAAAAUCCAAAAAUUUUUAAUUGUCUGCUAACUUUAGGAUCGUACUUUUUUCGAAUCUUUUUGUAACGAUUUUUUUUACACAGGAAAUAUCAUGCCACCGUUUAGGGUUCUCACCAAGUUAUUAAUCAAUAACGCCGGUUUGAUAUAGCAAUUAAUGACUUAGAUUAACAAUAUCGGUAAUUAAAAUUUUUAAUAUAAAUAAAUAAAUAAAGUCACGUAAGAUUUGUAGCGCUCGGAACUCUGGUUAAAUUUACAUAAAAUAAUAAUUGUGUUCACACUUUAUUACUUCUCUACUAAAAAUUUUAUUUCCGGUCUUUUUUAAAUAUUUAACACAAACAUAAAACUACCACGUAAAUAUAAAUUACAAUAAUAAUAAAAAAAAAAACAAUAACAAUCAAAUGGUUAAAAACUAGACCAUUAUUUAUUAUGUAAUAAAUAGAAUAAUAAAAUAGAUAAAAUGUAUUCUUUAUAAGUAAGAGAUAAAAAUAAUAAUAAUAAAUGUAUCGACGGUUUAAUCGUUGAGGUAUACAUAUAUAUGUAUAAAUUAAUCAGCGAGUGUUAUUUGAAUUGAUAAUUUUAUAAAUUAAUAGUAGUUUAAUUUUUAUAAAAUUAUAAGUGAUUAAUUAAAUAGGCCAAUGGUGCUCGAUAAAUAUUAUUAUUAUUACGUAAUUAAUUAAAUAAAUGGAUUUAAAUAAAGACAAUUAACAAAUAAAUAUCAUAUUGAUUAAUAUUAUCGGUAAACUAGUAAUAGUUGCCUAGGUGAUAUUAUAAAUAAAUAAAUUAAUUAAUUUAAAAAUAAUAAUAAUAAUAAUUGAAUAUAUAUUUAUUAGUUUUACGUGAGUAGAUAAAUUUAUCAAUGAACCGGCGCUACAAAUCUGGAAAUUUUUAAUAUUUCAGCUAGACGUAAUUAGAUUUAUUAUUUUUAUCAUUAUUAGUAAUUAAUUAUUAAAUCAAUAUCGUAAUUAGUAGAUUUUUAUAUAUAUAUUGGGUGGCUCAAAAAAACUGACAUUUUUUUUUUUAAUCUCAUUUGAAAAUUUGUUGGUUUAAGAAAUUUGAAAAAUUCUCCGAAAAUCAGGUCGAGAAGAAAUUUUAGGGGUCGCUCGAAAAAUUUGAAAUUUUAAAAAUGAUUGAAAUUUGGAUUUUUUUUUUUAAAACAGAAAUAGGGUAAAGGUACCGUUUUUGGGCACUUUAGGGCCAGUUUUGGACACUUGAAAAAUUUAAAUAAAAUAAUUUGUAAAAGAUGCAAUGACAAAAUUAAUUUUUGAAAUUAAUUCAAAGAUACUUUUAACCCGCUAUUAAACUAGAAAUUUCAUUUGAUACUUUUUAAUUAAGAGAGUGAAACAGGUGAUUUUUAAAUGAACCGUUUUCAUAGAUAAAGGCUCAAAUAAUUAAAUAAAAUAUUUCAUUUGAUGCGUAAAGUUAUUAUUUAUCGAAUGAAAUGCUUCCGGUUCGGAAAUUUCAGUUUAUAUCUGAGAACGACUCAUUUGAAAUUUCCAUUUGCUAAUGUAAGUGCAACCAGCACUGUUUCGUUUGUUCACAUGUGUGUGAGAAAGAGAAUAGAUGGCAAACACUCUUUUAAAAUAAAGUAUAAAAUGUCCAAAAAUGGAGCAGUGGCCACAAAUGGUACCUCUACCCUAUUUUGUGUAAAAUCAAUAGCAUGCGGAAAAGUUUUACUCAAAAUUAAAAUUUUUAAACGUCGCUAAAAAAUUUUGAAUUUUAAAUCAUAGGUAACUAAUACUUUGGAUUUUUUUUAUUACACUAAAAAAUCGAGUGAAUUCGGGUUUUAUUUAAAUCCGAAUUUACUCCAUCGCUCGGAGUUACGGAGUCAAUAAAAAAUUACUCCCUAUACGGAGUAAAUAUGGAGUUUGUUUUUUUACCGGAGUGAUUUUGAUUUUAUUUACUCCGAUUCGAAGUUUUAAUAUUAAAAUCAACUCCCUCUGGAGUAAAUUUAACUCCGAGGGGAUUAAAUAAAUAAACAGUCAUCUGCUCCGUAUUUACUCCGUGUUCACUCCUCAAAUUUUUUACAGUCCAAUUAUCAUUUUACUAAAAUAUCUUUUGUAUAACCGAAAAAAUACUAGACCGUCUUAAGCAAUAAAAUUUAAAUAUUAAAAAAAAACUUAAAAAUUGAAUUAAAAAAUAAAAAGUAGAGAAAUAAUUCAUUUUUUAAUUCUCGGAUUAUAUUUUAAUUCAUUAUGAUAUUAAUUAGUGGUUUAAAAAUUGAGCCGCUUUAAUAUUCAAAUUCAAGGGUCACUUGAAAACUUUCAAGACAGCACUCGGACAUUCAAAAUUUUUGAGCGACUUUUAAUUAUUUAAAUUUUCGCUGAAAUUUUUGGCAUUUUUUGAAUUUUCAAAAUUUGCGAGCGACUUUUAAAAAUUUUUUGUCGACCUGAUUUUUGGAGUUUCCAAAAAAUAUUAAACCAACAAAUUUUCAUAAGAGAAAAAAAAAGUCAGGUUUUUUGGGUCACUCUAAUGUAUAUGUAUAUAAAUAUAUAUAAAAUUUUAUAUUAUUUUUCUGCACCUAUUAAAUAUAUUGCGGAAAUAAAUUUUUUUUUGCUCACAUCCACUAUGCAAUUAAAAACUGACUAUUUAAUAAAAUAGUUUUUGAUUUUUUUAUUCUUUAUAAAAAAAAUAUAUAUACUUAUUACGAUAGCGUGUAAAUAGAACACCAUUUAUUAUUAUUAUUUUAUAUUUUUAUUAUUGAUGAUAAUAUUAAAUAGUUUAGCAUCGACUAAUCAAUAUGCAUUUUUAUCAAAUGGAGAAGAAUUCAUUUUAAAAAAAAAAAAAUCAUGUAAUG